AUGGCCGAUCAGCUGCGGCGCCACAACCAGGUGAUUCUGGUGAAGGCGGACCAGUCCGUGGCGCGCAGGCUGCACGAGAAGGCGGCGGAAGCGGAGCGCGAGGCGUGGCGUGGUGCCGAGCUGGAGGAGCGGUUCGCGCGCCUCCGCGGCGAGGCGGCGGCGUGGCAGGCCAAGGCGCUGUCGGAGCAGGCCGCCGCGGUCACCCUGCACGCGCAGCUCCAGCACGCCGCGGCGCGGGCGUCGGUCGAGGAGCUCACCGUCGCCGUCCCAGCGGAGUCCUCGUCGUCAGCGUACGUGGACUCUUGCCGCCGCACCACGGGUCCAGGGACAUCGUCGGACUGCGCGUGCCUCGGCUGCCGCCUCAGGCCGGCCUGCGUCAUGCUCCUCCCCUGUAGGCACCUCUCCCUCUGCGGCUAG